GAGACGCAUGCGCACUCGGCCGCGGCGGGAAGGCGGGAAGGCCUAAGGUGGAGCCCUCGAGAGAGGUACGCGCUCGGCUCUCAGGCCUCCCGCUGACCCGGCUGCUCCGUCCCCGGGGCUCAGGGCGAGACUUCCACCCCACAGGGCGUCCCGCUUACCGAGGAGCCUCCUCUGGCAGGAACCCGGCCGAGCGGAAGGACGGACGGGCCGCCCGACAGACGGACAAACCGACCAACUGACUGAGGGAGGUCAGAGGCGUGACAGACUGUCAUGUCUGAACAGGACCUCAAAAAUAAGGAACAGGAUCAGUGUCAGGAUCAAGCAGGGCCUUCUAUCUUCUGUGAUUUGGAAAAAAGCAGCACACCCUGUGAAGUACAGGGAAGGCAUAGAUUUUCUAGCCCUUCACUGUCAGUCUCCAAUGCAGACAGCCACACUGAAACCUUGGAUGGGAAGACAUCAAGUUUCUUUGCAGCUCUGGAUGCCAGCAUCGAAACUUUACAAAAAAGGGCCCAGCAGCUGAUUGACAGCAUCAAUGAAAGCAGGCAGAAGGACCACACACUCAUGAGCAACUUCAGAGACAGCCUCAAGAUGAAGGUGUCAGAUUUGGUUGAGAAGUUGGAAGAAAGGAUGUAUCAGAUUUACGAUCAUCAUAACAAGCUCAUUCAAGAUAAGCUGCAAGAGUUCUCAGAGAAGAUAGAGAAGAUCAAUAAUUUAGAAACUGAGCUCAAACAAGUCUGCCACACUGUGGAAACUGUGUACAAAGACCUAUGUGUGCAGCCUGAAAUAUGACAAUGUCCCAAGAAAAGAAGACCAUCUGAAAAAGGAAUUGUAAGUCAGUAAGCAUGAGAACAAAGCUAAGAUGAAAUUAAACAUUGCACAUAUUACAACAAUAAAUACACUCUUCAGA